UACUAACUUAAAUAUAUAGCACUGAUAAGCCACAAUGUAUGGAUUGGUUCUCGCUUACAUAUUUUCCUUAUGUUUAUUUUUAACAAGAAGCGAAUUAAAUUACACUAUAAUUCGUUCAGCAGAUGACCAACACUUGAAAUUGAAAUUUGACGGAUCGAUAGAGCUGUCUGGAUCGGAUGAGCAUAAAACUGUGUCAAGCAAACUCGACAUCAGUAUCCUCGGUGGUAUGAAUGAAGUUCAAAAUGUCAGUGCGAUGUCAGACAAAGACAGAGAUAUAAUGAGUGAAAAAGGAACUGAAGGAAGGACGGCGGAUAAUUCCGUAAUCAAGGACUCUAAGAUCCCUGAAGGCAAUAGCAGUGCAGCGAAGUCCGAGAUCGUAAAGGAGAAAAAUAACUUUACCGGCUUAACAAGAACAGAAGACACAGGCAGUUUAGACGAGAAAAAUAGAGAGUUUUCGAAUAACCAUGGCGGUGCAGAAAAGUCGAAGACGGAGGGGGAAAGCAAUAGUUCACCCAAAAGAUUAAGAGCAGGACUAAACGAUACAUCAGAUUAUUCAGAAUAUCAGAUUGACGAAGACAGUGCAGAGAAUGGAGUAUCAAACGAGGAUCACAAUGUAACCACUUCAUUAACGACGGAAGUUAAGGAUAUACCAGCUAAGAUGUCCGGCCGUUUAGAGAAUUCGACAUUGGAAGGAAAGAACAAUGAGCCAUUAAGAACCGGAAUUAAUGAGACAUCAGAUAUUACCGUAGCCCAGCCAUUUCAGGAAAAUGAUGUAAAGGACGUCAACAACCCAGCGUUCGACCCUACUGACCUUGAGGUCGACCUUACAACCACAGUCACCAGCCCGAACACAACCAAGUUCAAGCGUCACAAGGUCCAGGACGAUGAGAGGAUACGGAAGUUUACGGGGCAUGUAUAUGAACAGGCUUUGAAGGUUUUCGAAUCAAUGAAAAAGAAAACGGACCCCUACACGGGCACAAAGAUCGACGCGUUGGCCGAGACCUACAAGCAGAAAUUCAAGGAUUUCGUGAAAAAUACCAGAAAUGUAGACAUCAGAACUGAACAGGGAACACAGAACGUGAUCCUGCAUACCAUAGAUACGUCUAACUUGAUAUUGGAGAGGAUUGCCAAUUUUCUGAACACUGAUAUGCUUGGCGAAGGUACAAGUGCCUUGAGGCAGGGCGGCGCGUCUCGGCUCCAAAAAGAAGUGGACACGGUGAAAUCGCUGGAGCAUCAGCAUGCGUGCAAAAUGUUUGGGAUCUGCCGUAGUGCUAACGGAUUCAGAGACCAACUACAAAACAUCAUAUCAACACUGCUCUCUCUCCCAGACAAUAAACUCCAUCAAGCGAACGACGCAGCCACAGAAAUAUUAAAACACGCAGAUCUAUCAGCCUUCAUAUCAUCUUACGCCACCCGCCACAGACUAGACAAAGCCAUCAGAUCCCUAGAAAAUAUUGACGCCAGAACAUUGAGGAACAACUUAGAACUGCUAUUCGGCGUUCUAAGCCAAUCUCACUUACCUCUGAUAGUCGACAGGGCUAGAUCUAUUGAAAAACAUUCGGUAAAACGAACUGUAUCUUUUCACGCUCUCUUAGAUGCUAUGGAAGACGCGUUGCCCCCUACUGAGGCUAAUAAAUCCGAGUGGGGGGAUAUUGUGAAACGUUUGAAGGUAUGGAAAGAUGGGGGGGAGACGGAUGUGCAGGAUACGAUGAAGAUUUUAUAUGAUAAUGUGAAUAGGGGGGCGCAGAAGUAUAGAGAACGGUCGGAGAAGAUAAGAGAGCUGGUAGAAGAUGUAGCUGAAAGUGUUUUUGAUUAUGAUGAUGAUGAGUAAACGUUGA